CAGACGUGUGAUGGAUCAAGGUGGUGUCAACUUGUUUCGAUACCGAAAGUAGAUCAUAAUAUGAUUCAAGAAGAAAUCUUCACGCUGGGCUCUGUCUCUUCGUGUCAUAAAAAACGCAAGUUGACGAUGCGCAGAGAUAAUCGUAAUAUAGUUUAAGCUGCUAGCUCCAUCUCAUCGCGUGACACUUUCGUCACGCUGAAGACAACUGUGAUUUGGAGGGCAUAGAGAGCCAGGAACCAGUUUACCGUACGGGUGGCAGCAUAGACUGGUUCCCGGAGUCUCCGCUUGCCAUCGAUGGCAGCGAUAGUUUUGAUGGACCGCAAACGGGCCAUAGCUGUGUGGAGCUUUAUUUUGUCGAACGAAGGGGAAGUAACUCUCGGGUAAUAUCUGACAGCAUGGCUGCUAGUUGUUCGAGGUUUGCGGUACUACGUUCACUUUUUCGAAGAAACCGACUUCAAGAUACAAUGCCGUCCGGUAAUUCCGUGCACAUAAGCACAUCGAUUGCAACACAGAUUUCAUUAUCUGAAACGCUCCGCGAGCAGCUCCCAGACAGGCAAGUCGUUUCAGCAAUGGCAGCUGAUGAGUGCAGUGUGUGUGGAGAGAUUCCCAGUCAUAACAGAACUAAAAACCAAGAUGGAGGACAGGUUUGGGGAGCUUCUCGACAAGAUGGAGUUUGAGAACAGCCUUUUAUCAAAUCAUGAGAUACGUCACAGGAAUGAUAUAUUGAGAGAAGCGAGACGCAAAGAGGAUGACUUUGAAGAGACGGAAGCCGAGGCCGUCACACAGACAGCUCUUGACCUGGAGGACAUGUGGGAGAUGGAGACGAAACAGUUCACCCCAGCUGACCGCCUCACUGAUGCAGACAAGUCUGGAGACAAGAAGUCCACGGACAGGAAGUUGACAGAGAAGUUGGUACUUCUGGUGAAGCAGAAAGUCGGGGACAAGCCGCUGUGGGUGUUUCCCCAGGGAAGUUGGUCGGAGGGAGAAUCUUUGAGAGAGACUGCAGAGAGAGUUCUUGGUGUCCGUUGUGGGGAGGAGUUAUCUGCCCAGUUUGUCGGGAACGCCCCCUGUGGCGUACACCAGUACGUCUUCAGGUCAAGUCCUGAAACAGAAACAGGAGUAAAGCUGUUUUUCUUCAAGGCUGCGUACAAGACAGGCAGUGUGAAUGUAGAUGAGGACAGUACUGAAGACUUUCUGUGGGUGACAAAGAGAGAACUGAGGGAUUACCUGCAUCCCUCGUAUUACAGCAGUGUUAAGUCUUUUAUACUUGAUAUAUGAAUGUGUGACUUGUGUUUGUGUGUCUGUCAUCUCACUUGGCUUAAGAGUAUGUUUGGUUCUUAAACCCAAGGUCCAGGGCCUAGAUUUUCAAAGCUCUCUUAGAGCUAAGAUAGUUGUAAGUUAAUGUUAAUGUAUGGCACUUCUGACUAUCUAAGAGCUAAGAGAGCUUUGAAAAUCUAGGCCCAGGAUCCCAUUUCGGACCUAGACCAAACAAGGAAUUUAUUCUGUCAUUCUGGAGGAACACUUAGUUCAUAGAUUAUACAAAUGUGAAUCAUAUUUAUGUAUUUGUUGGUUACUAGAAAUGAUUAUAUAUGAAAAGAAAUCGACAGUGGUGAUCUUUCUCUAAGACUAGUCUGAGGGUGUCAUCAUCCUACGGUGCUCAGAGUUUGUUCUAGUUUGUUUUUGAUGUGCAGGAAUCAGCGUAAAAGAUCAGGUGUUUGAUGAGAAUUGUUUCUAAUGAAAUAUUAGUUCAACAGUUUAAAAAAUCCUGGUUAAAUAUAAGCAUAAUUAGAGAACGCCCAAACACUUUGUAGACUGCUCUGUGAGUGAAUCAUCAUGAUCAAACUGUGGACGCUGGUUCUUGUGUUGUAUUGAAAAUAAAGAAUACAACACUAA